AUGUUGCGAAGUGUUAUUGCUCUGGGGGGUAGGCCCGUGCCGCAGUUCACAGCACAGAGAGCGUUGCAGACGGCGCAGGGCCAGUACCGUGCACCGCCCGCACGGCGUACAGCGAAGGGGACACCGCAGCAGCGGCUGACCGUGAAGCCGUUGGACUCCCGUAAGACGUACUUGAUCGACCUGUACCGGUCUCUGCUUGAGGGGAGCCCGCUCGUGCUCUUCGUUCACUACAAUAACCUGUUAAAGUCCGAGGACCACUACUUCCGAGACCAGAUCGCACAGCUUGGUGGGCAACUGACGAAAGUACGCAACGCUUUGCUCGAGGUGUACCUGCGGAACUCGCGGCGUGAGGACCCUUGUUCCCCCGUUGUGGGGUCCGAAGCACGCGGGGAACUCAUCGCAAGACACCCUCUGCUUCCCCUUCUCUUCGGUCCGACCGCGAUGAUCACUUUCGAUGCCGCUGCGGCGGCACCGCAGUCCGUUGCGAAGUUACUGAGACUGUUCGCUGCCUCGGGCCACAAACUGUUCGUCGUGGGGGCCCGGUUGGACGGUACAAGCGUGCUGGAUAGCGCAGGAGUCGCACAAUUCAGCACAUUGCCCUCGCGGGAACAACUCCACGCGCAACUCGUGCAAGUACUGAACCAACUGUCCGGCGUGGGGCUCGUGCAGACGUUGCAACAACCUUCGAGCGCACUGUACAUGACGCUGAGGGCGCACGAGACAGCUUCAAAGGACAAGACGACGGAACCAUAA